AUGGAAUCCCAAAGUAAAGAGAUCUCAAUAAAUGACGCAGUUAUACAAAAUUCUUCUUUUCCUUCUAUCUCCGAACAAACUCCGACAAUAUUGAAGAGUUUAAAGAGGGAUCGUGAACAAGGACCUAUUCAAAAACGCUCAAAACUUGAAAAUCAAGAAACUCAAACUAGCGUCACGGAAGUACAGCAACAUCAAGAUUCAUCACAAGGAAUUCAAGUGGAUACUGUUUCAACUUCUAAAUCUGUUGAAUAUGUCCAACCAUUAAAGCAACAAGUUUUAUCGGGGGAAGAAGAACUAGACAUGCUCAAGAGAAAGGCGCUUUUUCGUGUGGAGGUGGUAAUUGAAGGAAAUAGCAUAAUUGAAAAAAUUCAGAUGCCAAAUGAAAAUGUAAACAAACCUAAAGUAGAAGAAUCCCAAAAUCCUCUGACAAAAUUAUCAGUAGACGACGAUCUUAUGGAUUUACUAGAAGGUGAAAUAUCAGAUUUAGACUCUGAUUUAUUGCUUUCUUCUGAAGAUGAAUCUGCACAACCAAAGAACAUAACAUCUAAUGAGAUUGUGUAUAAAAAAGUCGAGCCAAAGAAUUCUUUAGAUAAAAGCGUACAAAUGGUACAUUCAGCGUCAACUAAAAGUAAAAGAGUAGUUUCUAAAGGAACAAGCGAUGAAGAUAUAUUUGAGGAUUCUUCUGAUUUGGAUUCCUUCUCAGAGGCAAAUUCAGAUACUGAGUAUGAGGAUGAUGAGUAUAAAGGUCCUAGUGUACGAGCUUUAAGUGCAUCAUCACCUCGAAGAUCGGAAAGGCAAAGACGGCCACCUGAAAUUUUGGCAUUAUCUCAAUCGGCAAUACGACAGAAGGCUCGUUCAAGAAAAAUAUUACAAAGAUUAAAUAAUAUUAACGAAAAUGAAUUUGCACAACCUGCAGGAUCUAGUAAAGACCAUUAUCAACCACAAAACGACGAGGGUUCAGUAAAAAAAGAGAAACGUUGGAAUAUCAACGAUUCCGACGACGAACUAUCCUCCGAAAAUUCGGAAAACUCUCCAAGUGAUUAUAGCUCUGAGGGCGAGAAGAAAGAAAAUGUUAGAGAUACAAAAUCAAUUCCAACUAAUUCUAUCGCAAGGACUAUGAUUUGUCCAUCAUUACCUAUACCAAAGUCAGAAUGCAAAAUAUGCGGUGGUUUAAGACCGAUGUCUCGUCUUCUAUCAUGUCAUGAUUGCAAUUUAUGUGUACAUUCUGAUUGCUAUGGUCAAGUUGGCUAUAAAGACACACCAUCAAUCUGGAGAUGUGAUCCUUGUCUCAAUAGAAAGAAUCCAAAAGUAGCAAAGAUUUGUAAAUGUGUUCUUUGCGCUCUACCUGAAGGGGAAAAUAAUGCGAUGAAAAGAACAGCUGGUUAUAAUUGGUGUCAUGUUAUAUGCGCUGCAUUCUUCCCUCAAGUGUCUUUUCGAGACGCAGAGUCUGUUAGCAUGAUAGAAGAUGUUAUGAAUGUAGACGAAAUCUCAUGGAAAAUGAUUUGCUUUAUAUGUAAAAAAACAGGUGGUGCCACGUUAAAUUGUGCUCAUGACGGUUGCCAGACUGCCUUUCACGUAACAUGUGUUCAAAAACAAUCUACUUGUCAGAUUUGUUUUGAAAUUAUACCCAAGAAAAAAAUAGAGUCCGAUGUUGACCCAAUAGACUUUGGCAAUGGGAUGGAUGGAGAUUUGUCACCAAAGAUAUUUUGCCAGAAUCACAAGACAUCUUUGGCAACAUUUGUAAAAUUAAGUGAUAGAGGGAUUAAUGAUAACUUUUCGGCCAUAUAUACUUUCAUUCGAAUACAUAAACAAUUUCAAUUCCAAGGGGCCGAAGAAAGGCGACGCUACCGAUUUCGAGAUUUAAUUUUUGCCAAUGAUAUGCCAUCUCCAAUUCAGGCUUCAACACGCUCACCAUCCCCUUCCUUAUUCUCCACAUUAUCCUUCUCAUUAACAUCACCAUCCAUGACAUGUUUAUCACCAGCGUCACCCCCAAAUGUUGGAUCCUCUGGUUUCUCUCGCCCACCACCAACAGUUUGCGCGAAAUGUGGCACUAAUGCGUCGCCAAUGUGGUGGCCUCGGGACAAAGAGCAACAAGAGAAUUUCCUAAGUUGCAAGGAUCUUGGGGUGAAGAAGGUCCAUGGGACCAAAUUCCCUCAAAUUUUCUCGCCAUUAACAUUUGGACGUAUUCUUGGCGAGUCAAUGUGUCAUAAAUGUUAUUGGAAAGAAAAAAAGGCCAAUAAUUCAUGA